AAUUCUCUCCUUUGUAUGCAUAAAAAAACAAAGAAUUAUAUAGUUCUUCUCCCCUCAUCAACAUAUAUCAGAACAAAUUCCAAAAACAAACCAAGGCUAACGAAUGGAGUCAAAACCAAAUGGUAAUGCAGCUGCUGCACGUGUUCAUGAAGAGUUUGAACCAUCAACAGACUGGAUACGGGAGCCAGGAGCUGACACUCUGCGAAUCUAUUUACCAGGCUUCAAGAAAGAGCAGCUGAAAGUUCAAGUAACCUCAUCGCGUGUUCUACGGGUCAGCGGAGAACGCCAACUGAGUGGGAAUAGAUGGAGCACUUUCCGCAAGGAGAUUCCUAUCUCAUCAAAUUAUGACACCAAUGAGAUCGCUGCAAGGUUUGAAAAGGGAAUCCUUUAUGUGAAGCAACCUAAAAUAAUUGUUCCAGAUGCUCCUAGGCCACAGGAACAAGCGCGAUCGCCUGUGGAAGCAUCGAAGAAUGAUCAGAAGCCAGCACAGGAGAAGGCACAGCCGCCUUCAAUACAAGCCCCAGGUAAACCUGAACAAAAGUCGUCAUCAGUUGAGGGAAAAGUGGAGCCACCCUCAGAAUCAGCUACCAAGCCUAAAAAACAACCACAGGAAAAGCCCGCAAGUGAGCAACAACCUGAAGAUCCUGUUGCAAAGGUUGGCAUGGAGAAACAAAUGGGCGGAAAGAUUGAAGGAUCAGAAGAUGAUAAUCUUUCACCGGGGACACCAAGGAAGGAGAAAGAUCCUGUGAAAUAUGAAUGGAAUGAGAAGAGCACUAAAAAUGGGCAAGAUGAAGCAAAGGGAAUUGCCACAACAAGCGAAAGUUCUAAACCUGAAAAUCUUGUUGACUCUAGCCUUGAUUCUACAAACUUGGUUAAAGAAAAAGGACUUCUAAGUGGAACUGAGAAACUCAGAAUGGAAAGUUACAAGAAGGAUUUUAGUGUUUUGGUCAUGGAUAUGAAGAAGCCAAGAACAUUGGUGAACCUGGUUCUGGUUAUUUUAUUUAUUACGGUACUAGGGAUGUAUGGAAGGAAUGCAAUCAGAUCCCUCAAGAAAUCUGAUAAUUAAGUCUUUUCAUCUGUAUAUUAAUCUAUACAAAUUGUAACUACGUCUGCAUUCAAAUAAUAAAAUCCCACCCCGAAAAAAAUAUUAAUGAUUCAUA